AUGAUGAGUGUGGACGAUCCGGAGAAUGUGUUCCGCACUGUUAACAUGCGUGACCUGAUCACGCGCGCAACGCGCGAGCCGCCGCGCUCUGCCCUGUACGAGUACGUCAAGUCCCUUAAGAACGAUAACACUCAGAGCACCCCUCUGUCCCUGGCGUCCGAUGACUCCUGGGACUCCACCUACAACAGCGUGGCGGAAGGCUUGUUGGAGAUUGGCGACGCUACUGGGGACGCCGAGACGCGGAACUUGAUCUACAAGCUGUGCCACUCGCUCCACAAGAAGGCGGUACAGAAGAUCGAGGAGUCCCGGGAGCAUUGCCACGGGUCGGUGGAGGUGAACGCAAGGCAUGAAAAGAACAUGUCACAUGUCGAGGAUUGGAUGCCGUUGCUGCAUCUCUUCGACCCGCAGAGGUUCUACGCGGUGCGAGGCACCCCCCUGACGGCUGCCACCACUGCUGAGCGUCCGCUCAGCCUCAACGUGGCGGAAAACCCGAGGGAGGCUUCGCAGUUGCUCUUGGACGAGCUGGACGUUGAGAAGCUGUCCGGUGGCAACAGCAAUCAUGUGUACCGCCUAGCGCACCCAGACUUCCCCGGCAAGACAGUACUGUUACGCGUGUAUGGUAGCAAUGACAGUGAAGCGAUUGAUCGAUUCCGCGACGUGAUGGCAAUGCGCGAGAUGAGCCGGGCGAGGCUGAGUCCGGCCGUCCUGCACUCCUUCAAGUGGGGUCGUGUCGAGGAGUUCAUGGACGGUGUUGCGACGUGCUCGACGGAUAUGUUGCUUCGCAGCCCAACCCUGCUAGCGGAGGUGUGGCUGCUAGUACGCGAGAUGCACAGCCUGCCGUACGCCUCCUUUCUUCCGCAGAACGUCAACAACGAGAAGAUCCGUCACUUGCUGCACCCGGCGCUCGCGGACUCCCAAUACGCCACCCCUGCGGAGUACUGCGACGCCUUGUCGGCGCGCCUGAAGAAGGUGGUGCUGGCGAACAAGAGCAACUACUACCUUGACAACACAAGCCAGAAGCUGAUGGAGGACGUGUGCCCGUCCUCCUUCGAGCGCACGUGCUUCCGCUUCCUGCGACUCAUCAGCAACCUCAUUCUAGAGUCCUACCGCACCUCCUUCGUGUCCUUCAUUAGCGCCGAGGUAAUGCUGCUGCGCGAGCUGCUCAUGAAGCGGGCGGUGCCGCUCGUCUUCUCGCACAACGACUUGAACCCGGGCAACAUCCUCCUGGCGUGGCGCAAGGUGCCAAAGGAGAUGCGCCGACAAGCUGUCAACGACGAGGAUGAAGAUGACGAGGUGACACCGGUGACCUCUGACCAGUCCACGGCCUUCAGUCGCAAAUUUCUCUCCAAGAAGGGUCGCCACCGGAACCUGGUCGACAUGAAGGGCAUCAUCUUCAUUGACUUCGAGUACACAGACGUGAACUACCGAUGCUUCGAUCUUGGAAACACGAUCUGCGAGCUGGACUACGACUACACCCGCGGCACCGCCGAAGGCGAGCCUGGGUUCAUCAAGUACCAUUACACCUUUCCCCCGGAGGAGUACAAAGAGCAGUGGAAGGGGCUUCCAAUGACGUACCCGCGUUGCCCAGAGCUCAUCUACACCACAUGGCAGAAAAACGAGCAGCAUCGCCAAGAACACGGGGGCGAGGCACCGCCGUCGACAGAGAUGCACCUCGGGCACAUCUGCUUGAAAGGACUCCAGGCGUACUUCGCGGCUGCGGCGCCGGCGAGUGCUGCUCGCGACGCCGCCACUCCGAUCACCCGUGACGAGCUCACGGAAGUGUUAAUUGGCACUAUGUGCUCACACCUGAGCUGGUCACUCUGGUCCUUUGUGAUGUGCGCCAACCCCAACGUAGGCACGAACAACGCAAACGACGACCCCUUCGCCAAGGGGAGUAGUGGGCUCGACUACAUUUACUACGGUAACUGCCGCUUGCAGGAGUACGUGGUGCUGAAGCAAUGGAUGCAAGAGAGGCAGCUUAUCUGA